AUGGCGCGCAAACAACACGGCCGCCAAUAUGACGUCGUCGUCUUCGGCGCUACCGGCUACACCGGCAAAUACACGGCGCAAUACAUCACCACCCACCUACCUACCGACCUCAAAUGGGCCGUCUCCGGCCGCACCCACUCCAAGCUCGAAGAGCUCGUAGCGGAGUGCAAAACCCUCCAACCCGACCGCCUCCAACCCGCCAUCGAAGUCUGCGCCCUCACCGACGCCGACCUCGCCUCCCUCGCCCAAAAAACCUACAUCCUCAUCACCACCGUCGGCCCCUACGGCAAACUCGGCGAACACGCCUUCAAAGCCUGCGCAGAAAACGGCACCCACUACCUCGACGUAACGGGCGAAGUCCCCUUCGUAGCUCGCAUGCUGCAAAAAUACUCCUCCGCCGCAUCCCGCUCCGGCGCCCUCUUAUUCCCCCAAGCAGGCAUCGAAUCCGCCCCCGCCGACCUCGUCACUUGGUCCCUAGCCUCCUUCAUCCGGUCCGAAUUCCACGGCGCCCACACGCGCGACGUGACCGUCUCCAUCCACAACUUGCACUCGGCCCCCUCCGGAGGCACCCUCACCACCGCCCUGACCAUCUUCGAUUACUUCACCCUCGCCGAACUGCGCGCCGCUUAUGCACCCUACGCCUUAUCCCCGAUCCCCCGCCCGGCCACGGCCGCCCCGGUCCCGACCAAACCCUGGCUGACCCGCCUCACGGGCCUCAUCACGGUGCCCUCGCUGGGCUUGCUAACAACCUCCAUGGCAGGCGGGACCGACGCAGCACAGGUACAACGCACCUGGGGUCUGUUAGAGACGGUACCGACACGUAAACAACAAGCGUACGGACCGAACUUCUCGUUCCGGGAGUUCAUGAAGCCGCGGAAUUGGUUGACAGGGAUUGGGGUGCAUUAUGGGUUGUUGGGGGCCGGGUUGGUGAUGGUUACGCCGUGGUUGAGGCGGUUUGCGGCGGGUUGGUUGCGGUAUCAGCCUGGUCAGGGCCCGGAGGUUGAGGCGGCGAAGGCGGAUGAGAUUGAGUAUAGGGGCGUGGGGAGACGGGAUGGGGGUGCGGGGGAGAGGGUCAUGUGUCGGGCGGAGUUUAGGGGGAGUAUGUAUUACUUAACGGGCAUCCUAGUAGCUGAAGCGACAUCCUCGCUUCUCGAAGACGAUGUGGACCUACCCGGCGGCAUCUACACACCUGCGUGCCUGGGACAGGGUUAUAUUGACCGGCUGGAACGGGCGGGAUUCCACUUUGAGACGAGGCACUUGGAGGACUGA